AUGGUCAAGGACAUCCAGAGCCUUAUCGAAUGUGUCACGGCUCUCACCAGGUUUGUCUCCAAAGCUACUGAUUGCUAUGCCCCUUUAUUCAAGGCGUUUAAAGGACACAAGGGAGGCAUCACCUGUACAGUCGAAAGCGACAAAGCUUUCAAUGAGCUCAAAGAAUAUAUGAGCCGGGCACCUCUACUAUCAACCCCCGAGCCUGGGGACAUCCUCACAAUUUACCUCUCUAUCUCGGCCACGGCAGUCAGCUUGGUGCUCAUCCGACCACAUGAAGGUGCUGAACAUCCGGUGCACUAUGUUAGCAAGGCAUUGCAGGAUGCUAAAGCUUGGUACCCAGUUCACUGGUCAAAUGUACACUACCGGUCAUGCGGACGGUUUCAGAGAUCCAAAUCCAGCCGGCCCUAUAUCAAGUGUAACGAUUGUGGGGUGAGGUUCCUUGAAGCCCAGUGUGACAAGACCAUUGAGGAAUGGCUAGAGAUCGAACUAUUCUUCUCUCCACUUGUUCUCUUCCAGAUGACUCAUUUCAGAUAUGGAGGAAUAUCAUUGGGUCUUAGCUGGGCCCACGUGUUGGGAGAUGCCUUUGCAGCUUCCGAUUUCUUCAACGGCUUGGGCCUCUCCAUAAAACAGGUGAACCCAGUUGGUGACCAUUGGAUAACUCCCAUUAACUGUAAAAUGGAAACACUUUCAUUCCCUAUCACUGCCACCCAGCUAAACAACUUGCAGUUCAAGAUAUUGGGUCAAAACCAAAUUCAUCAAAUUCCAAUUUUUGAACUCAUUUCUGCCAUAAUUUGGCAAUGUGUAGCCAAAGUUAGAGAAGGGUCAGAGCCAAAAUUGCCGGUUUGCAUGCCUAAAGACUUUGGAGAGGGUAGAGGUGAAGGAAGAGUGGUGAAUAUUAUUUUGCCAGAGAAAGAAGUGUUUGGGCUGAAAUCUGAGUUGAGAAAGAAUGAUCUGUUGCUUGAGAAUGAGCUUGAAUGAGUGCAUAUGUGUGGUAAUUAGAAUUUGGUGUGUGUUAAAUGUGAUGUGUGGACAAUAUUUAUG